AUGAAAGAAAUGGAGACAUACAAGCAUGAAUCCUCUGACCAAGAAGAAGAGGACGUAGAUAUCUCAGAAGAAGGGUGGAUUCAAUGGUUUUGCUCUCUUGAAGGUCAUGAAUUUUUUUGUGAAGUCGACGAAGAGUUUAUCCAAGAUAAUUUUAAUCUCUAUGGUCUCUUAACUUAACUUAAUUAUCUGGUGUUUAAGGUGUCUAGUGCCGCAGCCCAAAGUGGACCUAUGGCAAAACUAGUGACGUAGGCGAGCCAUCUUGGAAACAGGUCAGCCCUGGCCAAGCCUUCUAUCGACUCCUGCUUCACCAGCCUUGCUGCACGUCUCACCCGGCGCGAUGCCGUCGCCCUUGUCUCGACUCAGCUCCUGCGCGUGUUCCGCCUGAGGGUCAUCUUAGCUUGGAGAUGUGCUGAGAGGUAAAAGCCCGAAAUCUUGAAAGGACUGAGGAGCAGUUCCUCUGGUUAUCCCCAAAGUUAAACCGCUAUUGCUGUUCAGAAGUUCUCGAGUGAAAACCUAACCCCAUAAUAAAAAUUCCAUGAGGGAGAGAAAAUUAGCAAAGCUAAUUUCUCUCGAACCGAAUGCCAUUUUAUUAUAAUCUCUAUGGUCUCAAAGAGAAAUUUGCACAAUACGACGAAGCUAUUGAAACUAUUUUAAGCACUGAAAUCCCAACAGAAGACGAUUUAGAAAAUGAUGGGUAUUUAGAAUUAUACCAAACGUCUGCUGACUUAUACGGACUUAUUCAUGCUCGAUUCAUAGUGACUCCACGAGGACUUUCUAUUAUGAAAGAAAAAUUUAUUGCAGGCCGAUUUGGCACUUGCCCACGAGUUAUGUGUGAGCGCCAACAUGUUCUGCCGGUUGGCCUGGCUGAAGUGCUCAGAACAAGCCGUGUAAAGAUUUUUUGUCCAAAAUGUAAAGAUGUGUACAUUCCUAAAAACAAAUACGCAGACGUUGAUGGCGCUUACUUUGGCUGCUCUUUCCCUCAUUUGUUCUUGCUUACUUAUCCAGACUUAAACCCUGUAAAAAUUACGCCUGAAUAUAUACCUAGGAUUUAUGGGUUUAAAAUAUUUAAAAGAAAAGGAUCAAAAUAUAGUAAAGUUUAA